AUGGAGGACGAUGUCCUUGAUGAGCUCAGAGGUGAAGUCGGGCUUGAUCCAGCUGACGAGGAAGAUGCACCAGUCGACGAAGACGCUGUCGACAACGAAGAGACCCUAGUUGAUGAAGGAGCUGCGGCAGACGAGGAUGUGCUGCCUCCGCUAGAGGUCCAUGCACUCGAUGAGGAAGAACUCCUAGUAGAUGAAGGGACUGCAGCAGAUGAGUAUGUGCUGCUUCCGCUAGAGCUCCAUGUAGUCGACGAUGGAGGGACUGCGGCAGACGAAGAUGUGAUGAUCCCGCUAGAGCUCCAUGUAGUCGAUGAAGAGAUCCUUGUCGACGAAGGGACCACAGCAGAUGACGACGUGCUGCCGCCGCUAGAGCUCCAUGUUGUCGACGACGAAGGGACCACAGCAGAUGAGGAUGUGCUGGCUCCGCUAGAGCCCCUCGUAGAUGACGACGUAGACACUCCUGGCACGGAACUCGAGGUCGCCGACGACACAGUAGUGGACAGCGCCACAGAACUCGAAGAGCUUGUGCUUCCAGCAUUUGGAUUGUACGUCCCUCCUCUUGAAGACGGCGAAGAGGUGGUUGCGGAGGAGGAGGAGGAGGAGGAGGAGGAGGAGGAGGACCCAAUGACAAUGCUGCUAGAGGUGGUACCAAAGACAGUGCUACUAGGACUGCUGGAAAUGCUGCUCGACAUGCUGCUGGACGCACUGCUAGAGGUGGAACCUAUCCCUGUGGAUGUAGUUAGCGACGAUGAUACUGAAGAUGAAGUAGACACAAAAGUAGAACUAGAAGACGACGUCGUUCCCACAGACGAAGUCGUUGUCAGAAGACUCGAACUGCUUGUAGAAGGCAGCGUCGAACUUCCAGUGGAGGAGGUCACCGUUGUCGAAGAUCCUGGGGUCGAAGACGACACCACAGCUGUAGAUGUGCUGGAGGUGCUUGGACUGCUGGAAGCGGUAGAACUCGUCACCGAGGAACUCGUCGAGACUGAUGACAGCGUCGAUGUGGAAACACUCGAAGAAGUUGACGGAGCGGUCGAUGAAGAAGCUGAUGAAGACGUGGAUGCUCCAGUCGAAGAAGUUCCACUCGAUGUUGUUGCAGUCGACGUUGUUGCAGUCGACGUCGUCGCAGUCGAUGUGGUCGCAGUCGAUGUGGUUCCACUCGAUGUUGUUGCACUCGAUGAAGUGCUGCUUCCAGUAGGUGACGUCGACGACCCCGAGGAUGAUGUCGAGACGCUCGAGCUCGAGGUGCUCAGAGUGGAGGAGACGGUGCCUGUGCUAGUGCUCGUGCUCAAAGUUCCCGACGAGCUCACAGAUGACGAAGCGGUCGAAGUCGUUGCUGUGGACGUUGACAAGCUUGUGCUACUGGAGACACUCGUCGAUGAACUCGAGGAGCUAGACACAGUCGAAGAAGAGGAGCUGGUGAACGCAGUCGAUGGUAGACUGGACGUCGUGUCCGUAGCGCUCGAAGAGACGCUGGAGGUGGUUUGGGUGCUCGAUGUAGCGAGCCCCGUAGAACUAGAUACUGACGUACCAGUUGACGACGUGACUAUAGUAGGCGAGGUGUUAGUACUUGAAGAAGUGAGGGUUGGGGACGAAACCGUCGUCUCGGAACUCGAAGUUCCACCAGUGGAUGACAAGCUGGUCGUGCUACUCGAGCUCGUACUGGCUGUGUCAGUCGUCGUUGGUGAGGACGCUGAGCUGGAUUGCGAGCUACUUGUAGAGACUGAAGUCGACGAGCUGCUCUCGCUGGAUGUGCUAUCGAGAGUCGAGCUUGAUAACGACGUUGAUAACGACGUCGAGAGCGAUGUCGAGAGCGAUGUCGAGAGCGAUGUCGAGAGCGUGCUGCUGCUUUGCGAUGAUGAGAUAGAAGUUGUGCUGGACGAACUCUCUGACGUCGACAGCGUGCUCGAACUCGUCAGUGUGCUCGAAGUCGACAGGGAGCUCGAAGUUGAUGUACUCGAGCUCGUUGAGUCUGUUGCGGAACUAGAAGAAGUACUCAAAGAGGAUGAAGAGCUCGAUGUGCCAGUUGACGAAGUGCUUGCUGAUCCAGAGGUGGAAAUCGAUGAAUCCGUAGAGGACGUGGUUGUUGAACUUGACACGGAAGCGCUGGAGCUUGUAGACGUUGUCAAGGUGGAAGAUGAGGUGAUGGUUGACGAUGUUGCAGAGUCGGUGCUACUGCUGGUCGAAAACGUACCGGUUGAGCUUCCGCUCGAGCUGCUCAGUGUAGAAGAUGUUGUUACACUUGAGCUGGCAGAGCUGGAAGUGGUCACCGUCGACGAGCUCGAUAGCGAAGAGCUCGUCGUUGACGUCGUUGUAGUUGUAGUAGUUGUAGCGGGAAACACCUUCGCUGCUCCUACUGCCUCCUGA